GACCAGGCUGUCACGUGGCCCGGCCGGCUGGGAGAGGGGAAGCAGACCGGCGGGCCAUGGCAGGCUCCACGCUCAGGUUUUCGCUGCUGCUGGCGGCAGCGUUCGCUGGGCGGGCGACGGCCCUGUGGCCAUGGCCCCAGUACAUUCAGACCUCUGAGCUGCGGUACACCAUCUUCCCGCAAAGCUUCCAAUUCCAGUACCAUCUCAGUUCGGCCGCGCAGGUGGGCUGCUCCGUCCUCGACGAGGCCUUCCAACGCUACCGUGACCUGCUCUUCGGCUCUGUGACUUUCCGUUUUCCCCACCCCAUAGAAAAACGGCAUACAUCAGAGAAGAAUUCAUUGGUGGUCCUUGUUGUCACUCCUGGAUGUGACCAGUUUCCUUCUUUGGGGUCUGUAGAGAACUACACACUGACCAUAAAUGAUGAGCAGAGUCUCCUCCUCUCCGAGACUGUCUGGGGCGCCCUGCGAGGUCUGGAGACAUUUAGCCAGCUUAUUUGGAGAUCUCCUGAGGGCACGUUCUAUGUCAACAAGACGGAUAUUGAGGACUUCCCUCGCUUCCCUCACCGGGGCUUGUUGCUGGAUACGUCUCGCCAUUACCUGCCACUGGCUAGCAUCCUGGACACUCUGGAUGUCAUGGCAUACAAUAAAUUCAACGUUUUCCACUGGCAUCUAGUCGAUGACUCUUCUUUCCCAUACGAGAGCUUCACUUUUCCAGAACUCACCAAAAAGGGGUCCUACAACCCUGCCACCCACAUCUACACAGCACAGGAUGUGAAGGAGGUGAUUGAAUAUGCGCGGCUUCGGGGUAUCCGGGUGCUGGCAGAGUUUGACACUCCUGGCCACACUCUGUCCUGGGGGCCAGGUGUCCCUGGAUUAUUAACUCCUUGCUACUCUGGGUCUCACCCCUCUGGCACCUUUGGGCCAGUGAAUCCGGCUCUCAACAAUACCUACGAGUUUAUGAGCACAUUCUUCUUGGAGAUCAGUACUGUUUUCCCAGAUUUUUAUCUGCACCUUGGAGGAGAUGAGGUUGAUUUCACCUGCUGGAAGUCCAACCCAGAUAUCCAGGCCUUUAUGAAGAAGAAAGGCUUUGGUGAUGACUUCAAGAAGCUGGAAUCCUUCUACAUCCAGACGCUACUGGACAUUGUCUCUGCCUAUGGCAAGGGCUACGUGGUGUGGCAGGAGGUGUUUGAUAAUAAAGUAAAGGUUCGACCAGACACAAUCAUCCAGGUAUGGCGAGAAGAGAUACCAGUAAAAUACGUGAAGGAGUUGGCACUGGUCACCAGAGCUGGCUUUCGGGCCCUGCUUUCUGCCCCCUGGUACCUGAACCAUAUAACUUAUGGCCCUGACUGGAAGGAGAUCUAUCUGGUGGAGCCCCUGGCAUUUGAAGGUAGCCCUGAGCAGAAGGCCCUGGUGAUUGGCGGAGAGGCCUGUAUGUGGGGAGAGUAUGUGGACAGCACAAACCUGGUCCCCAGGCUCUGGCCUAGAGCAGGGGCUGUUGCCGAGAGGCUGUGGAGCAACAAGAUGGUGUCCAACCUGGACUUUGCCUUUAAACGUCUGGCACACUUCCGCUGUGAGCUGCUGAGGCGUGGUGUCCAGGCCCAGCCCCUCAGCGUAGGCUACUGUGACAUGGAGUUUGAACAAACCUGAACAAGUAGCCCCCGGCACCAAGGAGGGUGCUGGCCCUAGGAGAGCGGAAGCGGGGCCAGGCUUCCACUGCACCCCGCCCACGGGAUGGAGCCCCUUGCCCACGUGCCCCUGUGCCUAGAGACAAGGGGGCUGGUGCUGGCGCUGGCGUCCAAUAAAGAGUGAUGUGGCGUUUUUCUAUAACAAA